UCUUCCUCCUCUUCCCUCUUUCUCUGCAAGCUUUAGCAUUCUAAUCAAAGCUUCAUUCUUAUUGUGUUCGCUCAUAUCUUAUUCAAACGAACCAUGAACCUCCAAAGAAGCAACAGCAUUAGUACUAACUCCAGCACAACAAGAAAACUCGUCCCUUCAAACCAGUUCACCAGAUCCUCCUCAACUGCUCUUGCACCACCUCAACAUCACCACGACCGCCGUCGCCAAAACGACAACGUCUCCAACACGCUAUUGAUUCCGAAACACAGCUCUUCAUUUUCCCCAGUCUCUUUCGACCACCUCUCCAAAACUCAAACAAAGAUCUCUUCGCUCCUCCGCUCCUUUCUCAGCCUCAUCUCCUUCCCAGCCACCAUUAUCACUCUCCCCGCCAGCUGCAAGUGGCUCGCCAUCUCUUCCCACCUCUCGGUUACGCAUUCUCUGGGCCGGAAAGUUACCGGAACCCUAUUUGGUAACCGCCGAGGUCAUGUCAGCUUCGCCGUCCAGCUGGACCCUAGGUCAGAGCCCGUUUUGCUUCUCGAGCUGGCCAUGUCCACCUCUUCCCUUGUUAAAGAGAUGUCUUCUGGACUUGUCCGCAUUGCUCUUGAGUCCGAAAGACAUCAGUGUUCCGGUCGUGGUGGCCGGAAGCCUUUGUUUCACGAGCCGACCUGGACCAUGUACUGCAACGGAAGGAAGUUGGGGUGCGCGGCGUCUCGCACAUGCGGAGAGUUCGACUGGCACGUACUGAGUACCGUUCGAAGCGUUUCGGUAGGAGCCGGGGUGAUCCCGGUGGUGGACGACGGGCAAAAGGGGUCGUCGGAGGGUUUAGGCGAGCUGCUUUAUAUGAGGGCUCGGUUUGAACGAGUUGUAGGGAGCCGUGACUCGGAGGCCUUUUACAUGUUGAAUCCUGAUGGGAGUAAUGGAGGUCCUGAACUCAGCAUCUUUUUGCUUAGAAUAUGAAUUGUGUAGAUGACAACAUGCAACAAAGGAAGAAGAAGAGAAAUUAAAGAAAUAGUGAAUGCAGUUGUGAGUUGUGACUAUGUAAUUUACAGAUUUUUAAAUGCAAGACCAUGUGAUUUGAUAUCAUAGUUUGUUCUUAUUGGUAUAUAUGGUUGAUAGUUGAUACAUAAGAGUUCAUCCUUCACAUGAUGCAUGCAUUGCAAAGUUAAAAGGGUGUGGACUACUUGUGGC